CGCGCUGACGAGAGAGCGAGCAGCUGAAGUAUUCACCGGUGGCGCAUCCACAAACCUGCGUCCAGUCAAAACAUCCGCAUCUGUCCACACACAGAUGUACCGGGCGUGAAGCGGUCAGAGAGUGACGGGAUACUUUCUUCAAGUAGUUCGAAACUUUUAAAAUUGUGAAGUUGAAGCGAAUACACCCGUAUGGAGUGAGAAAGGAGUUGUGCAUGUCUUCAACAGGUGCUGCUGCUAUAAUGGAGCUCAGCAGGAGAAAGGUGCCACUUUAUGGUCAAGUGGAAGUCUGUGGUAAACUGCAGGGGUCUCAGUGUAUUCAGGAGGACACUGAUUAUUAUGUGGUCCUUAUAGGCACGUCCCUUCACCAUGUGACUCCAGCCCACAGAACUGAGGACCACAGUUCACUUAGAUUCACUGUUCCAGGUCACGAUGUUCCAGAGAAAGUGUCUGUGAAGUUCUACAGCUGCAUGAGAGACAGUAGCAAUUUACCCAUCAGCCCAAUCUCUCAUUCGGACGAGCUUUUUCUGGAGUACAAACGAGAUGAGGCCCAAAAGGUGGCGGAGCAGCUGAUGAACUUCGAUCCCUCGACGUCCAGCAGCCUUGAGGACAUCUUAAAGAAAUUCUGCACGGAGAAAGAGAUCUCAUCUAAACAGAAUCAUUUAGAUAGGAAUGACCUGCAGGGAACAGAUGAGUUUUGUGAUCUGAAGGAAUUAAUUCAAUCUGAAACACCAGAAGAGACAAAACAGGAGCUCGGUCUUUGUGAUCAGGGAAAUUACAGCCCGAGAGAAGGAUCAAAAACGUCUGAGGUGGAUCCAAAGCACAAAUGCACAGCAGGAAAACACAAUGCUAUUGAUGAAAAAAUCACACAGGCCUUGGCUAACUUGCACUUUCUGAAAUGGGACGGCCAAACUAGACGGGUGAAUCAAGAUCUUCAGGCUCAGACGUAUCAUACGGCCACACGUUUAGGGUUUCCCCACCUCAGUCACUUCCUCCUCCAGGAGUCUAGAGGUCAUAAGAUGGUUCCCACACUCGAUAAGGGAGGACAGACUCCUCUCACGCAACACGGAGAUCCGGCGCUCUUCAGCUCUUUAACAAAGCCCUUAAAGACAGUGUGGAUGUGUCGGGUCUGGACUGAAGGCAUUCACCAGCUCCGUUUCUGCCCUGUCACUGACUCUAUUAGCCUGUCUGUCAAACACAGCACACAAAUAGAUGCACAAAGCAGCAUCCAGCUGUACAGAGAGAAGAGCAGAGAGCCGAAUACACUUGCAUGGGUGGGCUGUUUAAAAGAGUCUUCUGUUGAGAGCACACUCACAUCUGAUUUGUGUGACAAAGAUCUGAACAUCCAGUUGGAAGUUGAGGACCAUAUGCUUGAAGAUAGUGUCUUUGAAGAACAGCUUGUUCUUUGUAUUGAUGAAGAGGAAGAAGACCUAAACACAUCUUACUCAGAGAAGUUGAGUUCCUCUCCCGGCUCCUGCACGCCGAUUCAACGUCGGCCCUCAGAAGCAGCUACAGCCAGACUCACAGCAAUGCUUAAAAACUCCACCAAGGAUGAGGAACUUGAUUUAAAGUACACUGUUCCUGGUGUCACAGAGGACAGCUCUGGGACAGAUAGUGGGGUGUUGCAAAUGUCACCAGUGGAAAUAGAUACUCCUUCACCUAUUAAAGAUGAAGAAGGGCGGAGGGGAAGGCAUCCUGCCAAUCGCGCUCUCUCCCCCACCUCUCCACCAGGACUGAUGCUGGAUAGACUCAUGCGAACCACUCGAUCUGCUGACCUGACCUGUAACACGUUAAGCUCACCUACAGAGUCAUGUGACCUGAGAAUUUUUAGAAGUCCAAUCCUCUUUCUAAGCCCGAGUUUGGUGGCCUUGGAGGUGGACAGUGAAGAGGAUGACGACGACGACAUUUUAAUGAAGAAGCCCCUUCCCCAGCCAGCAUCCGAGCUCAAAAAUAGCGGAGAUGAGCAUGUUAAGUUCAACCCCACCCAUGAUCUUACCUGCACACGUUCUCACUCCGCCUCCUCCGGCUCGCACUCCGCCCCUGCAAAGGAUGUUGAGCAAGGCAUCCGUCUUCGUUCAUAUUCCUACACCUCGCCUAAAAUCAGCCUGCUGCCUCCGCGAUUCAGUAGAGAUGCUCAACCUCCACCCACAGACCUCAACCAGGAUGGCGCCCUCUCCAGCACCAGUGGCAGCAGGUCUCUACUACAGGCACUGUCUUUGUCUAAAUCUCUCUCUCUGCUCAACCCUGUUAAACAUCGUGCCAGCAGCACAUCAGAGCAAGCUCAAGAGAAAAGGGAGUUAAGGUUUCGUAGACGUGCUCAGUCGGCCGAUGAUGAGACAAACGAAGAGCUGGCCGACUCUCUCCAACACCUCACGCUCUCCGAAUUCCUAAAAGAGAUCGAGGAAGAGGAAUGGGACAAAUAUAUCAUCCCUUCCAAAACAGAAUCUGAAAAAUACAGUGUCAGCCGCACUUUUAGCUUCAUCAAGAGUCGGAUGUAUAGCACCCGCAACAAGAACAAGGGGAAAGGGAAGGAGAAAGAGACCAAAGACAAGCAGGGAAAUGGGCACCAGUUCUCAGCGGGAUCUGUCAUGGGGCCCUCACUUUGUGAGAUCUGUGGAAAGCCUGCUUCUGGAAAAGACAUCCUCCACUGUACAAAUUGUGCAGUUAGUGUCCAUAAGGGCUGUAAAGACUCGACUACGCCAUGCCAGAAGAAACCUCAUGACAAAUAUUCAGUGACAACAGUGAAGAGCAAGACAGCCUCUCUUCCUCAAAAUUUUACAGUGCGCGAAGGUUCCUCCUCAUCCUCUCAGAUGUCCCCCUCUGCCUCUCUCCCUGUGAUGAUGUCACGAGACGCCACCCCUCUUCCUUGUCCCCUGUCCAGAAGUGUGCCGUCAGGUACUGAAAGGCUUAGUGAGAGCCCAGAAGCAGACAGUGAUUCCUCCUCCUGGCAAAACCACAUCCAGCCCGAGGAUCUCCAAACAUUGGAAUCUUCAACAUCCACAGAUUCAUCCCUCAUUGAAGACUCAGUAGACUCCCCGCUGCAAACUGAGCUGGUGAUGAACGCAGUGGAUUUGGAGGCGGAGUCAUGGAGCCUAGCAGUAGACCCUCAGUUCUGUAAGAUGCAAGAAAAACGCAUCAUCAAGAGACAGGAUGUGAUUUACGAGUUCAUGCAGACAGAACUCCAUCACGUUCAUACCCUCAUGAUAAUGGCGGAGGUCUUCAGGCGGGGAAUGCGGGAGGAAGUCGGACUGGAUGCGGACACUAUUGGUCGGAUUUUUCCUUGUUUGGAUGAAUUAAUACUGUUGCACCGUGACUUCCUGUCAUCGAUGAGGGAACGACGGCAAAGCUGUAUCCAGCCCAACAGCACCAAGAACUACCUCAUUCACCGUGUGGGGGACAUUUUUUUGCAACAAUUCUCCCAGGAGAAUGCAGAAAAGAUGAAACGGGUGUAUGGUGAGUUUUGCAGUCACCACUCAGAGGCAGUAAGUUUCUUCAAAGAGCUUCAGCAACAGAACAAAAGAUUUCAGCUGUUUAUUAAACAACAAAGUAGCAACUCGCUGGUAAAGAGGCGAGAGAUCCCAGAAUGCAUUUUAUUAGUGACGCAGCGAAUCACAAAGUACCCUGUCCUCCUGGAGAGAAUACUGCAGUACACAGAGGAGGGCACAGAAGAGCACGCUGACCUAUCUCGCGCAAUUGUUCUGAUCCGAGAGUUGAUCUCAGCUGUGAACCAGAGUGUGAGUCAGUACGAUCAGAACCAGAGGUUGAGCGAGGUUCUGGGUCGUAUGGAGAACAAAUGCUCCACCAAGCUGAAAAGCGGUCACACCUUCCGCAAGCAGGACAUCACCAAUGGCAGGGCUCUGCUACACCAGGACCCUCUGCUCUGGAAGACGGCCACAGGAAGAUUAAAAGAUGUCCUGGCGCUUUUGCUGUCAGAUUAUCUGGUGUUUCUUCAGGAGAAAGAUCAGAAGUACAUCUUUGCUGCUGUGGACCUGAAGCCUCCAGUGAUUCCUCUGCAGAAGUUGAUUGUGCGAGAGGUGGCCAAUGAGGAGAGAGGCAUGUUUCUGAUCAGUGCCUCUUCACCUGGGCCUGAGAUGUAUGAGGUGCACGCUGCUUCUAAAGAGGAGCGCAAUGCCUGGAUGAGACACAUCAGAGAAGCUGUGGAGAAUUGCCCUGAAGAGGAAACAGAGACCACAAGCGAGUCAGAAGAGGAAAGGAGAGUUGCUGAAGCAAAAGUUCAAAAGAUCCACAGGUUACAAGAGUCUCUGUGCGGCCACGAUCAGCUGAUCUGUGCCAAUCUGGAGGAGAAAAUGCACAUCUAUGCCGAGCUGUCAAUCAUGGCUGGCCAGCGUGAGGCGGGACCAGAGCCCAGACUGCUUGUAAGGCCCAGUACUGAAGAUAUUCCUCAGGCUGCUGUGCUACUUAAUGCAGCGCUUAAAGAGGCGGAGAACUUGAAAGCAGCUCUUUCAUCCCACUGCGCCAUUAUAGAGGAGCAGAUCCAACAUGAACCCUGUACAUCUCCCUCCUCACCGCUGUCUGAGCCUCAGAGCCCUCUGGCCGACACCUCACGGUGUGAGGAGGAGGAGCGGAGAGGAGAAGGUGGUGUGGAGACAGAAGCCAUUAUUCACAGCAUAGUCGCUGACGAACAUUUAGACUUGAAGGUGAGUCAGAGUGUCCAGAGUUUGACUCAGCUGCUGUACAGUCUACAGGCCGCGGUCACCAUCCAAGACAGUUGCUAUGAAGUUCAGAAACUCCUCCUUCUGUUAUCAAGCCCAGCCCCUAAUCCCCGCCCAUUUCCUAUUGUUCGCGGCAACCUGGCCCUGCAGGAGCAGGAGCGCCAGAGGGAGGUGGAGCGUCGGCGGGAGGAGCUGGCAGACGUGGCACGUCUGCGGGACACCCUGGCGCGAGAACGCCAGCAGUGGGAGCGGGAGUGCCAGGCGCGGGAAGUUCAACAGUGGGAGAUGGAGGCGGCAUUGGAGGGGAGGGAGUUCUUAUGCCACCUAGAGGAGCGGAGGUUACAGAGCGAGCGACAGGAACUCCAAGAGCAGCUGCAGGAGUACCAGCAAAGCCUGGAGAGGCUGAGAGAAGGUCAGAAGAGCGUAGAGAAGGAGAAGGAAAGGCUGGAUGCCCAGCGCAGACUGUUGGAGAGUCUGGAGCCUGAAUCUAAGCCUGAUCUGGUCAUACCACUGGAUGGGCAACAGACACAGGAUGGCAGUCACCUGGGAGGCGAGCAUGAGCAUGGAUCCAUUUUUGUGAAUGAGGCAGCGUUUACGUCUCCAUCACUAAACAACAGACACAUCCAUCUUCAUCAUCCACACCGUCAUCAUCAAACAUCCCAUCUGCACUCAGGAUCUUUAGGAUAUACAGACUCUCCCAGCACUCAGAACAGUCUCAAUUCACUGCUGGCACGAUCCAAUCACAGACGCAGCUCUGUUGGAGUAUCAGAGGACAGCUGGACCGGAGGCAUAAUGUACUCAGCCUCGCUAAGAAGUCAAGGCACAGAGAGCCCAAACAAUGAUGUGGGUCAGCUCAGUCACGUCCCGGGAUCGUUGUGCGGAGGAGUCCCAGGGGCAGGGCUUUAUCAAGCCGAUGUCCUGCUCGUCAACCAGCCCUUUGUUACCAUGGAGACAGAGAACAGAGAUGCUGAUGGAGAGGAAAACAUUGUAUAUCUCUGAAAUGAUCAAGCUCGAGUUGUUUUUAAACAAGAUAUGGACCCGAAUUUGCAUUCUGAGACCAGAAUACCACACUUUGUUUUGUUUUUUAAAUCUCGUCAUAAUCUGUGACAUUCUCCAGCGCUUACUUUGUGUCUGUGUGUGAGGUAGGGCUUGUGUGAAUGGCUGUAUUUUGCUUUAUAGCCUGGAGCCUACAAUGACAGAAUCGGGUUAGGCAGUUUCAGCACACAUCUAGUCACACACAAACACAAAAAAUCCCCACUCCCACCCACAUUGCUGCGUGAUGUAAUUUUUCGUCAACUGUCCAUGUCCGUUUACGUUACUGGACACUAAAAUAUGGCGCUUUUGUUUCUUCACAUAAACAAUUACUUGAUUUCUAAAUUCAGUCACUGCAAGCAGUAUGACUCAGUAAAGGUUGUAAUGCAUGAAAGUGGGUGCGUGUCUGCACACAUGCUAGUGUAUGGAAUCACAUUGUCACCUCUUUCCAGUUAAUUUUCACACAUUUCGAAACUGGCUUCACAUGUUCAUAUGGAGACGAAUGCAAUAUGUGCUCUGCCUUAUACCUCGGAAACACAUAUAAUAUAUGGGGAGUCCACGUCAGGAAAGUCUCAUAAGCAUACUAAUACAUUUGUCUUAAACUAAAUUAAACUGAUUUGUAAAUAUAUCACUACACUGGUUAAAGGAUUUUUCAUGCAGUUUUCAAGUGUCAAGUUAUAUUAUUCACACAGGUGCAGUUUCAUUUGGUUUUAUGUGGAUUAAGACUAUCAUUAUUUUUAUUCAUGGACAUAUCUUGCAAAAAAAUAACAUGUUGUCAUAAUGCACACUUUAAAGGCCCUAUUUAAAUUCAAGCCCCAAAGUUUCAAAAAAAGCAUUACUACGCAUAAGUACUGGGGGGUUUACAUGCACUUGAGUAAAACUAAAAAGAGUUUAAUUUGUAUUUUGCCUUUUUUAAAUGACGUAAUUGUAAAAAUUAUAUAUAUAAAGCUUUUCAGUGUGCAUGAAAAAUCUGCUAUAUUGUUGAUUUGUGUUUCUUCCAAAGCAUAGACGUUAUUUAUUGCUAAAACCGUAAGGAACAAGUUAUAUGUACAUAGAGCAUGUUUUUGUAUAAUUGUUGUAUGUAGACAUUGUAUGUAGUUUGACUGUUGUAUCAAAGGUUAAAUGUAGUAAAUAUGUUCAUACAUGCAA